AUGAGUAGUGAAAAUGGACAACCACACAAAGAAUGGUUCCAAUGUCUUUUCCAUGCUCUUCACAAAGAUGAAACAUCAAUUGAAUUUCCAAUUGAUAAUUGUCCACCAGAAGAUUUUAUAAAAAUCUUUAAUAAAAACAAAGAAGAAAAUUUUAUCAAAAUUUUAGGAGUUAUCUCUAAUAUACAACAUAUUGUUGUAUGGUAUUGGUCCAAAGAAAAUGAACGAGAAAUAAUUAAUCGAUCAAUUGAAUAUAUUAGUGAUAAUUUUAGUCUCAAUGAAAAUAUCGAAUCUAUAGAUGAAAGUGAAAGAAACAAAUUUUAUGAAGUUUCUGAAGACAAUAGAGAUGAAGAAUGGCAAAUGCAUAGAAAGUUGAUUGACGAACUCGGAGAAACUGAAACAAUUUUUCCAGGGUUUAAUUACCUUUUAAAAUACGGGUGGGUUCCUGCUUCAAAUAAAGGAAAGACCGAUCUGAUUAUUACCAAUGGUAAAGGCAUAUUUGCUAUCAUUGAUAUUAAAAGAAAUCAAAAUGAAGAUGACAAAAAGUUUAGAAUGAGUUUCGCCGUUCGUCAAGCUGGAUAUUAUAAGCAUAAAUUUAUUGAGGAAUGUGGUGGAAUCUAUAACGUUAACGAAGAUCUUUCGCUUGAUGUCAUUGCGGUUAUUGGAGUAGCGAUUUCUGAGGAUAAUAAAGGAAUGUGUUUUAGACCUUUUGAUGAAUAUGUUUGUGAAGCUCUUGAUAGGAUACAUGGUAAAGAUAAAUCAUCUCAUAUUUAUCAAUUAUCAGACAACGAUAGUUAA